AUGGCGCCCAGCGCGCCCGGUGAUUGGUGGAGCCGGCUGGGCCGCGGGGGCGGCUGGGAGCUGCGGCUUUCAAAGCGGCGGCGUCAGAUCCGUGUCGCCGCCAUGCCCGUUUCCGCGGCCCCGAAGAGCGGGCCGGAGGCCGACUGUCCCACCCGAGCCUCCCCUGCUAGCUCCGAAGACGAGGAGGCCGGGAAGUCCUCCACUUCCUCCCUGUUCUCCCCAAGUUUCCAUCAAAGUUGCCCAAGAUUACACCGCAAGGAGUCAGAGGAAGAUGCAACACCAGCUAGCAAGGGAAUGAGCAUCUCUCAAAGGAGUAAACACCAUAGUGUCGAAAGAAUUAGAAAUAAAACACAACAAGAUCAGUCACCUGUGGCAGAUAAUCUCUCACCUUGGGAAGAGUGGUUCCUUUGCAAAGAAAAAGAGCUACGUGCUCGCAUGCAAGCACAAGCUAUGGAGGAGCUAAAUGUGCAAAUGCAGAAAACAAAGGAAAAACAGGCCCGUGAAAAGAAAAAAAUAAUUGCUGAAGUGAAACACAAAGAAUGGGUCCAGAAAAAAAAUGAAGAGGUGAAAAGGGAAAAGAGAGCAAGGGAACUUAAGCUUAGUAAAGAGAUUGCAGAAAAAGCAGCCAAGGAAUUUGAAAAAGCACAGUUGAAGGAAAAAGCAAAAGAGAUGUAUGAAGAAUGGCUAAGGAAAAAGAGAUCAGAAGAAGUGCUGAAGAAGAAAGAAGAGAAGGAAAAAGAAAGACAGAUGGAAGCUGAAUUACAGCAGAAAAAAGAAAAAUCGGAGAAGAUGUUCAAAGAAUGGCUGGAAACUACUAGAAAUAAGCCCCGCCCAGCAUCAGCUAGCUAUGCCUAUGCCCAUGGGAAACUUACUGGAUAUCCAGAUGGAAAUGCCUAUCCAGCUCCAGCCUUUUACAACCCAAUACCUUGGAAACCAAUCGUUGUGCCUCCUUCUAAAGAAGAGAAGUAUGUUUCAAUGAAGAAAAAUAAGAGGCCUGUGUCGAGUCAUGCAUAUAAAUCGCCUCCAGUGUUUUUUCAUAAAGCCAAGAACAAACUCUAUAUUGUGCCACGCAUAAAUCAGAGAUAGCACAGUGUUGUAUUAGGUCUUUUACUAUAAUUAAACACAAUAUUAUACUUUAAAAUGUAUUUUAAGGCCAAAUUUGUAAGC